CCACACCUAACUCAAAGUCAUCAUCAAACCUAUAAGAUCUUCACUUCUUUUAAUUUCCUUGUCUUUAAUUUAUCUUUAAAAGGUAAUUAUAUUUCUAUCUUUCUGUUUAAUUAUGCCCUUUCAAUCAUUUGAGUUACUAGUUUCUACUAACUGCAGUUUUUACUUUUAUUUUUCUGUAAAAAUCUCACAAAAGUACAAAGGAAGAAGGACGGACGAGAAGAGAAACCCUAACAUGCAUAUGGGACAAAAUAAACCAGUCCAGAAAAAGUCUCCAUUAUAUGAAGAAAGUACUAUCAUUUUUGCUUCAAGUCAAAAUGAAAAACUUGUUGAGAUAGAGAAAGAGAAGAGACUUGCGUUAAUAGAUGCAUGGGAAGAGAACGAGAAGGCAAAAGCUCAAACCAAGGCUUACAAAGAACUUUGCUCGAUUGAAUCAUGGGAAAACAACAUGAAGACAGCUCUAGAGUUAGAUUUGAAGAAAAUGGAGGAGAAUUUACAAGUGGAGAAAACUGAAUUCUCAAAAAAAUUCAAGAAAAAAAUACCUGAAAUUGAGAAGAUUGCAGAAGCCAAAAGAGAAAAAAUAGAGAAACAAAAGGAGCAAGAAUCUAUCAAAGUCGAAAAAAUAAGUGAGAAGCUAAUUGCAACUCCAAAUGCCUAUCCACCCAAUACCAAAACUUGUGGAUGUUUCUAAAACAUUUUAUAUCCUCCUUUCAUGGGUCAAUUCUCGGCCCAUUAAAUUAUCUUAUUGGGC